CAUAUCACAUCACAUCACAUCGCAACACAACUCAGCUCGACACAACGUACCUCGUCUUGCCAGAUCCACGAGCUUGUCCUUGGCCAUCAGAACAGUGGAGGUGAUUUCGCAGCAUAUUGGAGAGUGAAAGAGCUGGUUGCUGAGGGUGCAAGGGAAGGUUGAAGCCAGACGAACGGCAGCCUGUGAGGAGUUUGAAAGAAGACACUCCGUGGUGAGAACAAGAGAAGGCACAGACUGCAGAUAUGGCAGGGAAUAUGCAGCUGGACCUCAGUAAUGCUCAAAUAGCAAAAGAUGAGAAUGGCAGACCCUUCAUCAUCGUGCGCGACCAAGGCAGAAAGACGCGGACGCAUGGCAUCGAAGCGAUCAAGAACCACAUCAUGGCCGCCCGCACCGUCUCCAACAUCGUCAAGACCUCCCUCGGCCCCCGUGGCUUGGACAAGAUCCUCAUCUCCCCCGAUGGCGACAUCACCGUCACCAACGAUGGCGCCACCAUCCUGGGCCAGAUGGAGAUUAGCAAUCACAUUGCCAAACUGCUCGUCAGUCUAAGUCAGAGCCAGGACGCCGAGAUAGGUGACGGGACUACGGGUGUGGUGGUGCUGGCUGGCGCAUUGCUCGAACAAGCCGCCGAUCUGAUCGACAAGGGCAUCCAUCCCAUCAGAAUUGCCGAUGGCUACGAUGCGGCGUGCGAGGUGGCGGUGGCAGAACUGGAUCGCAUAUCAGAUACUAUCGCCUUCUCCCGCGACUCGACCGAGAACUUGCUCAAGGUGGCCAAGACGUCACUCGGGAGCAAGAUUGUGUCCAAAGCGCAUGAUCACUUUGCCAACAUUGCCGUCGACGCCGUGCUCUCCGUCGCCGAUCUGGAGCGGAAAGACGUCGACUUCGAAUUGAUCAAGGUGGACGGCAAGGUGGGAGGCGCGCUCGCGGAUUCGAUGCUCGUCAAGGGCGUGAUUGUCGACAAGGACUUCUCGCACCCCCAAAUGCCCUCGGAAGUGAAGGACGCCAAGCUGGCCAUUCUCACCUGCGCCUUCGAGCCGCCCAAGCCCAAGACCAAGCACAAGCUCGACAUCACCUCCGUUUCGGAGUUCCGGGAGCUGCAGAAAUACGAACAGACCAAGUUUGCGGAGAUGAUCAAGCAGAUCAAGGACACCGGCGCGAACGUGGUGAUAUGCCAGUGGGGAUUCGAUGACGAGGCAAAUCACCUGCUGCUCACCAACGAGCUCCCGGCGGUGCGAUGGGUGGGAGGACCCGAGAUUGAACUCAUCGCAAUCGCCACAAAUGGACGCAUCGUCCCGCGCUUCGAAGACCUGACGGCGGCGAAGCUCGGCAAGGCGGGCGUGGUGCGAGAGAUGUCGUUUGGCACGACCCGGGAAAAGAUGCUGGUGAUUGAAGACAUUCCCAACUCCCGCGCCGUCACAUGUUUCAUCCGAGGGAGCAACAAGAUGAUCAUCGACGAGGCGAAACGGUCGUUGCACGAUGCUCUGUGUGUGGUGCGGAAUCUGGUCAAAGAUAAUCGGAUUGUGUAUGGAGGUGGUGCGGCGGAGAUUGCUUGCAGCAUUGCGGUCGAAAAUGCGGCGUACGAGGAGACGGGGCUGGAUCAAUACUCCAUGCGCGCAUUCGCCGACGCCCUGGAUGCUGUCCCGAUGGCGCUGGCCGAGAACAGCGGGCUGAGCCCCAUCGAGACGCUGUCGGAGUUGAAGACGAAGCAAGUGAAGGGCGAGGGCAGGGGACGCUUGGGCGUGGAUUGCAUGCAAACUGGCUCGAAUGACAUGAAGCAGCACUUUGUCAUCGACCCGUUAAUAUCGAAGAGGCAGCAACUGCUCCUCGCCACCCAGCUGUGUCGGAUGGUGCUGAAGGUGAACAAUGUCAUUGUCGCUGGAAGCGAGGAGAACGAUUUCUAGAGAAAGGAUGUUGGAAGGCCAGGCAUUGACUGAAGCAUAGCGAUGGCGCCGGCGAAAACGAUAGACGUACGUUUGACUCACGGCUCAAUGUGUAGAUGCUGUACGCAUACACCUCACCGGAAUGUUGCGGCGGUCGUUCAGUAUCCACCACUUCCAGCGCCACUCCGACUCAUAUUGAUAUAUGAAGCACGCCAUGAGCUCUGCAAUGGGCAAGACCGUUGAAAGGUACGCGGCGAAUCACAAGGCGUGCAGUCGGCAAUGUCGGCACGCUGGGCGGGAAAAUGUUGCAUCGGGACCCUCUUCUUCUCACCGCAGCUUUCUAAAGACGCUU